AUUUUAGUUUCCUUGUUGCUCUGAAGCUUCUGUGCGAGGAAGAACCAUCGUUUCUCUCUCCGUUUCGUUGGCCUAAAAGUGUGUGUUUAGUCUUUAUGGGAAAUUCAUUACGAAUGCCGUAUCUGCUUAUCCAUAAUAAUAUUAUGAUGUUUAUAUGUUAAAUAUCAAUGGAAUAUAUUAUUAAGAAUAUUGUGUUUGUGUAGUGUAUCCAGAAUCCACAUGACCGACCACAUUUCUACUAUUUCCACUAUUCCAUCGUUUUCCGAGUGCGCUUUUUAUACGAUGUAAAAAUCAAUACUUCUACAAUUUUCACGAUUAUGGUAACUUACUGUUCUCCAUGAUUUUGAAUGUGGUCGUAAAAAUCAAUGUUGAAAGCCGUUGGCUUUAUGAAUAUUUUUACGCUUAGACUUUAUAAUAAACAGAGCCAGCUUAAAUAAUUACAAUGAUGGAAUCUCAAAACACUGAGUCUAUGGAUAUAUCAGAUCAAGAUGAUGCAUUCAUUGAAAAUGGUAUGUCUAAAAAAGUUGAUAAAAAUAAUGUAAAACGUAAAAAACGUAGAAAGUGUUUACGUGACAAAACAGCUCCAAGACCUCCACAUUCUGGGUACAUACGAUUUUUAAAUGAUAGACGUGAACAAUUUCGUUCAGAAAAUCCCAAUUUACCAUUCGCUGAAAUAACCAAAGUAUUAGCUACUGAAUGGAACCAGUUGACGGCUGAUAAAAAACAACAUUAUCUCUUAGCCGCUGAACAAGAACGAGUAAAAUAUGUUGAAGAAUUAGCAGCUUAUAAAAAGACUGAUGCAUACAAAAAUUUUAUUCAACGCAAAUUGAAAAAAAAAAAAGUUAAUACCAAUAACCAAGAAGAUCAAGAAUUAAAAAAAGAAAAGCCAUCAAGUGAUAACAAAUUAAAAAAGGAUCAAGAAAUAAAAAAAGAAAGACCAUCUAGUGAUAACAAAUUUAAAAAGGAUCAAGAAAUAAAAAAAGUUAAGCCAGAUAGUGAUAACAUUAAUACAGUUUAUGACAUACCUAUAUAUUCUGAUGAUUUCUUAAACUUCAAUAAAGGUAGAGACAGUGAACUUCGAUACCUUCGUAAAAAGGUAACAGAUCAAGGACAAGAAGUAUCUGUCUUAGAUAAACAUAUUGAGAAUAUGCAAAAUGGUAUUAUCAAUUUAAUGGCUAACACUGAAAAACUUAAAGCUGGAUGUUCAAAGUAUGAACAGUAUUUAAUUAAAUUACGAUCUCUACUUCUAGAUGCUUUUGCUAACACUGAAUUCCCAGAUACCACUGAGCCACCUACUAAUGAAAAUAUUGACACAUUUAUGGUUAAUUUAGUCACACUUCUAUCAAAUGAUAAUGCUACUGAGCCUUCCUGGAUUGCAAAUGUAAAACAAGUUAUUUCUAAUUUGGAUUUUUCACAAUGUUAAAACAAAUUAUAUUUUAAUUUAUUCAACUAUAAUUCAUAAAUUAUCCAAUUGUAUUCCAAAUUGUCAACAUUUUAUAAUUGGUAUUUUUAUUAUUUAGAAAUCUGUAAUAUAAAGAAUUUUUUUCAUUAUUUUUCUUUUCAUUGUGCAAGUUUAUGAUCGUGAGUGAUUCAUACCUAAUAUUAUUUUUAUAGCAAUCAUAAAUUUAAUUUAAAUAUUAUUCUUGUGAGAUAGGUAUUACCUAUCUAGUUUCUAUGAAUAUAAAUGUUUCUUUAUAAAGAGUUCUUAGCCUUUUCUUAAACAUGAAUCUCUUUAAGAUAAUAUAAUAUAUAAUUAGUAUAUGCCAAGGCUCAAGGACCUCUUCCCCACAACAUUUUUUUUUUUGAUUAUUACUUAAUAUUUUAAUAUGAUUUAGUUUUUAUUUCAAAUUAUGUAAAAAAUCCAGACAUUAUUUUUAUUAAAAUAGAUUAAUAUGAAUGUAUUAUUAUUAUUAUUAUUAUUAAUUCUAGGAUUUCAAUGCAUUAGCAUAUUUUUUUCCUUUAGUCCAAAUUAAUUGGUUGUUUUUUAAGUCUUCGACUUACCACAUAAAUAAUUGACUAAACAUUUUUUUUUUGUAUAUUUUAUUUAAAAUGCAUAUAUUCACUUGUAUAUUUAGAGUUCAAAAAUAUUUAUUUUCAAAAUCUAAUGUAAAAUCAUAUUUUUCUAAUGAAGAUCAGUAAUUAUUGUUUUUAUUAUUGAUUUGUCGAAAAUAUACUAUUCAUAAACUGA